UGACCCGGAAGGAAUUGCGCUUCACUCACAUGUGGACAGGAUUUAACACCAGUGACGGGAACGUGCAUGUGUUGUGAAACAGCCCGAGACAGACGUAAUUAUCACACAGUUAGUUUUAAUAAGAGUAAAUCAAUAUACCUAUAAUCAUAGACCGCGCGAGCUUGUUUCCGUAGCAGAGCGACCCUCACGAGGCGACAAAUGAUACGAUGGAGAAUUUAGAACUGAGCCUGCCAUCACUGGGUACCAUAUCCAGACAUGUUGACAAAAGUCACAACGAACUGUCCCAAUAUCUAUCAAAACAGAUAUGGAGCCAGCAGGACAGGCAGUGUAUUCUGGACUGUGUGUCUCAGCUGCUGCUGGAGAAGGACUAUACUUUACUGAUUGCUCGACAUCUGAGGCCCCUGGUGUUGGACCUUUUGGAGCGAAACGCAGAGAGGGUCAAAGCUGGGGGCCGGAUCAACCAUGACCUCCACGAGCGCCUGUGUGUGGCCCUCAGCAAACUGCUCGGCAUCAGUCCUGAUGCUCAGGCGUUUGCUGCCAGGUACUUCAACAAUGCCCCCCCAGUGUUUCAGAGGCUCUUCUUCACCAGUGAAGAGGCGUCGGCUGUUCAGUACGGCCCGCGGAGGAUGAAGCUGCGGGACCUCAUGGGGGCCACCUUGCGCUUCCUCCAGAGUGACUGUGCCAAGUUCCGGAUGCUGUGGGACUGGAGCCCUUGUGUGUCCCAGCUGCUCACCAGUGAUGUCAUGGUGCGAGGGUACACAGCCCAGUGUUUAGCGCUGGUCUCUCAUAUGACUGAUAAUCAGAAAACCAUCUUCCAGAGGAAAGUGCUGACCAGUGAUGAGAUCCUGCACAUGAAACUCAAAUCUUUGGAAGAAAGCCAGCAGCUGGAGGUAGAGAAAGCUCUGGUGUUAGCCAAUCAGGGCUCAGUGGUGUGGCGCCAGGAGAAAGCCAAUAAGUUCACCAGAGGCCAGGUGGUGUCAGAGGACCUCUCCCAGAACGUGGUGGCAGUUUGCGGCGUCAUCCUUCCCAGGAUAGCUCCUCGACUGCCCGAACAGAGCAACCAAAAGGAUCUGGUGCUGGUGGACUCAACGUGCCGGAAUCUGAGGAGACUGGCUCUGGCCGUGGCUUCCCAGAAGCCUGUGCUGCUCGAAGGUCCCAUUGGCUGUGGAAAAACUGCCCUGGUGGAGUUCAUGGCUGCCGUCACAGGACACACAAAAGCUACAGACAUCCUGAAGGUGCAGCUCGGGGAUCAGACCGACAGCAAGAUGCUGCUGGGGAUGUACCGCUGCACUGAUAUCCCGGGGAAGUUUGUGUGGCAGCCCGGGACGCUGACUCAGGCUGUCUCUAAAGGCCAGUGGAUCCUCCUGGAGGACAUCGACCACGCGCCUCUGGAUGUGAUCUCCGUGCUCCUGCCUCUGAUGGAGAAUAAGAAGCUGAUGAUUCCUGGACGGGAGGACUGCAUCGACGUCGCUCCUGGGUUUCUGUUCUUUGCAACAAGAAGGAUGUACUACAGCGGGGGCAGUUGGCACAAACCACAGAACUCUCACGCUGCGCUGCUGGACAAAUACUGGACCAAGCUGCAGAUGGGGAACAUGCCCAGAGAAGAGCUGAAGAAGGUUCUGGUGGGCCGGUACCCUCAGCUGACCGUGGUGUCUGAUCGGCUGCUGGACAUCUACUGCCAGCUGACCGGGGAGAGACACAGGGACAGCAGCAGCCUGCAGACCCCAGAGGACAGCCCGCAGCAUAGCGAGGACCGGAGCACGCUGGAGGGGAGGGCCCUAUCCCUGAGGGACCUGCUGAAGUGGUGUGAGCGGAUCAGUGUUAACUUCGACAGCACCUCUUCAGCCACAGCACAGAACGUCUUCCAGGAGGCUCUGGACUGCUUCACUGCCAUGCUGUCCCGUCCUGAAGGCCGCCUGCGAAUGGCCGAGAUCAUUGGAAGCAAGCUGAACAUCUCCAAAGAGAAGGCCCAGCACUUCUGCCAGAUGUACCAGCCGGGCAUCUCUGUGAGCGAGGUGGGGGUGUCAGUGGGGAGAGUGACUCUGUGUCGGAAGCAGACGGAAGCGGUGCAGCUCAGUGUGGACAGCCAGACGUUUGCUGCCACGCGGCCCUCUGCCGUGCUGCUGGAGCAGUUAGCAGUGUGUGUGGCUAAAGGGGAGCCGGUGCUGCUGGUGGGGGAGACGGGGACAGGGAAGACUUCCACUGUGCAGCACCUGACCAGAGUCACAGGACACAGGCUGCGGGUGGUGAACAUGAACCAGCAAAGUGACACUGCUGACCUGCUCGGAGGGUACAAGCCAGUAGACCACAAGCAGAUCCUGCUCCCUCUGCGUGAGGCCUUCGAGGACCUGUUCUCGCAGACGUACUCCAGGAAGCAGAACCUGAGCUUCCUGGGCCACGUGCAGACCUGCUUCAGAGGGAAGCGCUGGCAGGACCUGCUCAAACUCAUGGACCACGUCUGCAAGUCUGCCGUCACCGAGGAGCUGCAGAAGAAGCCCAAUGCCGCUCAGCUGCAGGAGCAGUGGGAGGCUCUGGCUGCUAAGCUGAACCAGACCCAGCAGCAGAUCCGAGCCUGCGAGGCGGCCAUGGUGUUUGCAUUUGUGGAGGGGACGCUGGCUCAGGCGGUGAAGAAGGGCCACUGGAUCCUGCUGGAUGAGAUCAACCUGGCAGCAGCUGAGACUCUGGAGUGUCUGAGCGGGCUGCUGGAGGGCAGCGCCGGCUCCCUGGUGCUGCUGGACCGAGGAGACACCGAGCCCCUGGUCCGGCACCCAGACUUCCGGCUCUUCGCCUGCAUGAACCCAGCCACUGACGUGGGGAAGAGGAACCUCCCUCUGGGCCUCAGGAACAGGUUCACUGAGCUGUAUGUGGAGGAGCUGGAGAAUGAGGGCGACCUGCGGAUUCUGGUUUCAGACUACCUGAAGGGUUUGAAUCCACACCGGAACAUCAUCAGCGGCAUCAUAAGUUUUUACCUGGCAGUGCGAAAGGAGGCCCACUCCCACCUGGUGGACGGGACGGGCCACAGACCCCACUACAGCCUGAGGACCCUGUGCAGGGCGCUGAAGUACGUGGCAGCAAACCCCUGCUGCAGCGUGCAGCGCUCACUCUAUGAGAUUGUUUUGUGUAACUGUGAUAUGACAUUCAUGGGUCCCUUCAUCGACAGCAUCGCCGGGGUCCCAGAGGAGUUUCGCCAUGUGGUGUGGACCCUCGGCAUGAGGAGACUAGCUGUGCUGGUGGGACGGGCGCUGAGAUUCGGAGAGUCUGUCCUGCUGGUGGGAGACACCGGAUGUGGAAAGACAACUAUCUGCCAGCUGUUUGCUGCUCUGUCUGCACAGAAGUUCUUCUCUGUCAACUGUCACCUCCACAUGGAGACAUCGGACUUCCUGGGAGGCCUGCGACCCGUCAGACAUCAGACUGAUGGGGAGGACUGCAGGCUGUUCCAGUGGAAUGAUGGGCCCCUGGUGCUGGCCAUGAAGGAGGGGGGGGUGUUCCUCAUGGAUGAGAUCUCCCUGGCAGAUGACUCAGUGCUGGAGAGACUCAACAGUGUCUUAGAGACAGAGAAGUCCCUGGUGCUGGCGGAGAAGGGCAGCGGAGACAAUGACGACGUGGAGCUGAUCAGAGCAGCUGCAGCUUUCCGUCUGGUGGCCACCAUGAAUCCUGGAGGAGACUUUGGCAAGAAGGAGCUCUCUCCUGCCCUAAGGAACCGUUUCACAGAGAUAUGGUGUCCUCAGAGCAACAGCCGCAGUGACCUGGUUCAGAUCAUCCAGCACAACCUGCGCUCAGGCCUCUCCAUCGACGGCGGCGAUAUCGCGGAGCUGAUGCUGGACUUCAUCGAGUGGCUGACUCAGCAGGACUUCGGCCGGCGCUGCAUCCUGAGUGUCAGAGACAUCCUGUCCUGGGUGUACUUCCUGAACGUUGUGUGUGAGCGGGACGAGGACGGCUUCAUGACCAUGGGAGCCCUGGAAGAGGAAGAGGAGGCAGAGUGGGACCUCAGACUGGACACCGUGACCGCCUUCAUCCACGCAGCAUGUCUGGUGUACAUCGACGGCAUUGGCUCUGGAACCACGGUGUCCUCUGCAGACAACGCCUUCCAGGCUCGCCGACUGUGCCUGGGCUUCCUGCAGCAGCGGCUGAGCAGCAUGACCAAACUGGACCAGGAAGUGCUGGACGCCCUGAGGGUGUAUGACAGCGGCCUGCCGCGGCAACCCCAGUGGGGGGAAGACUUCUUUGGCAUCGACCCCUUCUACAUUGCUUUAGGCCCUCAGACGGAGAGCCGGGACCUGCCGGACUACGCCAUGGCAGCUGGCACCACGGCGGUGAACGCUCAGAGGCUCCUGCGGGCUCUGAAGCUGCAGAGGCCCGUGCUGCUGGAGGGCUCCCCCGGCGUGGGGAAGACCAGCCUGGUGGCAGCGCUGGCUAAAGCCUCAGGGAACCAUCUGGUCAGAAUCAACCUGUCGGAGCAGACGGAUGUUACGGAUUUGUUUGGGACAGAUCUCCCUGUGGAGGGAGGAAAGGGGGGAGAGUUUGCGUGGCGCGAUGGCCCCCUGCUGGCUGCUCUGAAGGCUGGACACUGGGUGGUCCUGGACGAGCUGAACCUGGCCUCCCAGUCGGUGUUGGAGGGUCUGAACGCCUGCUUCGACCACCGAGCAGAGAUCUACAUCCCUGAGCUGGGCAUGAGCUUCCAGGUUCAGCCGGAGAAGACCAAGAUCUUCGGCUGCCAGAACCCCUUCACUCAGGGGGGGGGGCGGAAGGGGCUGCCCAAGUCCUUCCUCAACAGAUUCACCCAGGUGUUUGUGGACCAACUCACAAGCAAAGACAUGGAGUUCAUCGGAGACUCCAUCUUCACCAGCAUCGAUAAGGAGAUCAUAGCUAAGAUGGUGGAGUUCAGUAACAGGCUGGUCCAGGAGGUGUGUGUGGAGCGGCGCUGGGGUCAGAAGGGAAGUCCCUGGGAGUUCAACCUGCGCGACUUGUUCCGCUGGUGUGAGCUGAUGCAGGCUGACCAGUCUCCAGGGUUCUUCAACCCCGGGCAGCAUGUAGCCCUGGUGUUUGCUGACAGGAUGAGAACGGAGGCUGACAAGGCUCAGGUUCUGUCGGUGUUCAGGAAGGUGUUCGGGGAGGACUCUGAGCCGUACAGCGGCUCCCGGCAGUUCCACAUCACUCCUCUCAACCUGCAGGUGGGCUUCUCCGUCCUGCAGCGCAUCGGUGGGGCCCCUGUGGCCCUGGAUCCCCCCCUGUCCAUCACACACCAGGUGCUGCGGCCCCUGGAGUCCCUGAUGAAGUGUGUGGAGAUGGGCUGGAUGACCAUACUGGUGGGCCCCACAGCCAGCGGGAAGACCAGCCUGGCCCGCCUGCUGGCUCUGCUGACGGGACACCGCCUCAGGGUGCUGGCCAUGAACAGCGCCAUGGACACCACGGAGCUGCUGGGGGGGUUCGAACAGGUUGAUAUCAUGCGGCCAUGGCAACAAGUUCUGGAGAGCGUGGACUACAUAGUUGCUAAUGUGAUAAGGCGUGGCCUGAUGUCGCUGGAUGUGGGAAUCCAGGACACGGAGUUCCUGCUGCAGACCUGGGGUCUGUUCUGCCACUGGCUGAAGGAGGAGAGGCAGCAGAGGACGGGGGGGACCAUCAACUCAGAGGCUCUGAACAAGCUGGAGGUCAUCAUCCUGCUGCUGCAGAAACUCAACACAAAGCUCAAAGUGUUCACUGACAUGUCCAAACUGCAGCUGGACUUCACGCUGCUGAAGGAGCGCCUGGCUCAGCUGGAGGACGGCUGGACCAACGGAGGCUUCGAGUGGCUGGACGGGAUGCUGGUCCAGGCCCUUCAGGCCGGGGACUGGCUGCUCAUGGACAACGUCAACUUCUGCAGUGCCUCCGUCCUGGAUCGCCUCAAUGCUCUGCUGGAGCCCGGUGGAUCUCUCACCAUCAACGAACGAGGCGUCAUAGACGGGAAGACCCCCAAAAUCACACCUCAUCCUAACUUCAGGUUGUUCCUCACCAUGGAUCCUGUUCAUGGGGAGCUCUCCAGAGCCAUGAGGAACAGAGGGGUGGAGAUAUACAUCCCAGGGGAACAUGAGGGGGUCUGCUGGGACACACUGGACCUGAAGACCCUGCUUCACACUGCGGGGGUGACCGGGGACUGUGUGUGUGAUCUGCUAAUAGGAAUACAUAAAAGUAUCAAAACUGCCAUUUGGGAUUCCCCGGCCUCCUCAGUGGCCUCCCUCCUCCAUGCGGCCUCCCUGCUGUCCUGCCAGCUGCAGAGAGGCGUGGAUCUACCCAGCGCCCUGCAGCAUGCCUGUGGAGAGGCCUACUCUCAGUGCCAGCGCACCAACACCAACCAAAAGCAAGCCCAGCUGCUGAUAGAGCAGCAGCUGGCCAUCCUGGACACGGAGGACUGGGGGAGUGGGCUGCUGUGUGCGGGGGUCUGGCCCGACGGCUUCCCCUCCGCCCUCCUCUCCACCGAGGACUCCUGCUUCUCCGCUGUCCUCCGAGACGGACAGGUCCUCUCAUUCUGCCUGAACACCCUCAGCCUGCAGGGCAAACGGAGCCGCCCCCUGAGCCUGAGUGACCUGCGCAGGGCCCUGCAGGGCAGCGGGGUCCAUGAAGGCCUGAGUUUCUCCGGGGGGGUGGUGGAUCUGGCGGAGGGAGACGCUCUUCGGCUGAUCCCCACCGCAGUGAGGCUGCUCACUGAGAGGGCCUCUCACGGGGACUGGAUCCUCCGCAGCAGCUGGCUCUCACACCUGGGGAAGAGCUACAAGCAGGCCCCCGACCCAGCUCUGGUGCAGGUGGAGGCAGGGAACCGGGCCCUGAAGGCGGUGUUCGGGGGCAAACUGGCUGCCAAGGGCAAGUCCCUGACUCAGCUGCUGCAGCCCCACAGCACAGAUGAAUACAGGAUUCUUGUGGACAUGCGAUGGAACAAGCAGUACCUGGACAUUUUAGCCAACAAGUGCAACUUUGAGGACGAGGAACGAUACACAGAGUUCCUUGAGGCCCUGAACGCAGUCGCCAACAGGAUUGUUCUGAUGACAGACAGAGAAGAGAGGUCGGUCAUCUGCACCUGUGCCAUCAACCUGUCGUCUCAGAGCUCCGCCCUGAGGAUCGCCACAGCCUUCAGUAAAGGCACUGUGGACAUCGGUCACCUGCCCCACCCAGUGCUCAUGCACCUGCGCACCUUCUUCGACCUGUGGGACUCCUUCACCCUGCAGGCGGUGCAGAGCGGACAGCCCUACAUCUCAGACCACAUCAUGUUCGAGAUCCUGCAGCUGCUGCAGUGGCUGGACCGUUUCUGGGACGCGUGCAGCACGCUGCCGGCCGACUCUCAGGGCAUCUCGGUGCUGUCUCUUCACUGGCAGUGGGUGCAGAAACACCUGAUCCUCCGCCUGCCCCACCUGCUGCUGGGAGACGCCGACACCCUGCCAGAAUGUCAGCAGGAGCUCCAGGCCGUGUCAGCAGCCAUCCAGACGGUCCUCUCCACCCCGCUGUCUGUGGCCACGGCUCUGAAGGGCGUGCAGAAAACUUUAGGAAAACCUCUGCCAUUCAAGCUGGAGUCGGUGGCAGAGUGUGCGUCCCGGCUCAGGUUCCUGAGUAAAGCCCUGGAUGUGAGCGACCUGAGGCUGGACGACAGCAUCGCGCCCUGGAGGCAGGAGCUGGUCCGAUUGCACGGCGCCGGGCUGGGGCUGGACCUCAAGGAGAGUCUGCUGGAGGCCUGUGGGCUGGUGCUGCUGGCCAACAACCAGCUGGACCCACACAAGUCUGGAGUGUUGGAAAGGUUGGUGUCGAGUGUGGAGCAGCAGCAGCGUCACAUGACCUCCAAAGGGCUGCUGGAGGUGUGCUCCCUGCCUGAGGGGGAGGAGCCUGAGGAGGGGGUGCACCUGGCCAGGGAAGAGCUGCAGCAGCUGAGCCGCAGGGCCCAGCUGUGGCCCCUGAUGGAGGGACUGGCGAUCCUCAACCAGCUGCGCCUCAGCACCGACCUGCUGCACCUGGCUCUGGCUCCUGGUGACCAGGAGGCGGAGGCCAGCCUACGCAGAGAGCUCUCCAGACAUCUGCGCUACUGCCUGCAAUCCACCCCCAUGAACGUGAGCCAGCUGCAGCCUCUGUGGUUCCUGCUCAGCAGCGACAGGCCGGCUGAAGAGCUGCAGUUUGUUUGGUGUGAGCUGCUGUCAGAGGCUCUGGGCGCUCUGUGGACCAGCAGUGUGACCUCUGACCCAGACCUCUGGCUGAAAUGGGACCCACUGAGCCCCAAGACCAAGACAGCUCCAAAGCUGCAGCACGGAGCAAAGAACAUGGGACCAGCCUUGCUGAGUAAAGCUGUGUGGUCCUAUUGCAUGCUGGGAGUUCUCUGCAGCAGUGAGACUGGAGGUGCAUGGGAACCGUCAGGAGCAGCCCUCCUCUCCCUGUCCCAUGUCACCCUGGGGGAGUGGAAGGAGAGGAUCCAGCAGCUGCAGGACGUGUCUGCUGUGCUGUGGGACAACAUGGCCAUCCCUGCUCUGGCUGAGUUCAGGGGCACAGACUUCCGUCUCCAGGGGGCUGUUCUGCGCCGCCAGCUGCAGAGCAUGGCGGACCUGCUGCCCCCCAGCCUGCAGGAGGGCUUCAUGGAGAGCUGCGAGAGCCUGGUGGAGGACUUGGACCCUCUGAUAGCAGCCCAGGAGAUCCAGACCGUCUUCAGGGACUUCCUGCCCCCCAACGUGCUCCCUGACGGCCUGCUGGAGGCCUGCAGCGCCUGCCUUCAGCAGUACGUCCAGAGCAAGGUCCAAGGCUCCAACCAGCCCGCCCAGUCCGGAGUGUUCUGGGUCAACAUGGGCCUGCUGCAGAUCAAAGCCUGGACCCCACAGACCAUCUUUGACCCGGCUGUGAAGAGGGCCUACAAACUCAACUACGCCCAGCAGGAGCUGGCUGUGCUGCAGGAGGAGUGGAGGGGCCGCAGCCUGUCCUCUCAGCUGAUGACCGGAGCGGAGCUGGGGGAGAGCAGCACUACUGACGGCUUCCAGCACCCUCGCAUCAGGUACCUGUGGAUCCGAAUGCAGCAGGUGAAGGAGCAGAUCGCGGAGCUCUCCAGGAAGCAGGCCUGCCGCCCUCAUGACCCGCAGUACGGCCGCCUCUUCCAAGAGCUGCAGCACUACCUCUGCAGCAUCGGCCAGACGUCAGCCGUGAAGGAGCUGCUGUCCCGUCUGCUGAAGGCUCUGCAGGGCCCCCCCUCCUCCUCCAAGUCCAGGUCAGCCAUCCAGGGCCUGCUGAAGGAGGAGGCUGUGUGGCAGAACUCCCAGCAGCGCUUCUGCCAGAGGCUGCAGGAGGAUUACCCCCUGUACCCCGACGUGGUGGCGCCGCUGCGGACCGGCAUCCUGCAGCUCCGUCACGGGAUGAAGCUGGUGGCCUCCCAGGUGGCCGCCUCGCUCACGCCUGUUCCCGGUCUGCCUAAGCUGGUGUCCUGCCUGCUGGCCUUCCCCUCCCUGUCCCCCAGCCUGCCCUCCUACCUGGCCCGGGCCGACUUCCUCUGCUCCAGAUCCUGCAUGGACAUCCUGCGCUGCGUGGGGAAACUCCUCCCGCAGCAGGACUCUGAGCAGGUGGUGCCCCGGUCCUCCACGCUGCUUCUGAAUGCUCUGCUGUACGUGCAGUGCCACACCCUGUCCACCGGGGAGUUCAGCUCCGAGUCCCGCAGCCUCUUCAGACACAUCUGUCAGGCUCUGGUGAACGAGUGGGACGAACAGGAGAGACUAAAGAGGGAGAAGGAGCAGAUGGAGGCCAGUCUGUAUCGUAACCGCAGCCGACUGCACGGAUCAGGACUGACUGAGGACGAGCAGGAGGAGAGAGACUUCAAACAGCAGUUCCCUCAGUUCAACAAGGACUUUGCAGACAUCAUGGCCCUGCCGAGUCUGGAGGGUCCAUCAGACUCAGAGCGUCAGGAGGAGGAGGAGGGAGUCCAGGAGGAGUCCAGUGAGGGCAGCUUCCUGUCUGUGGCUGCCAUGAACACAGUGCUGAAGAUCCAUCAGCGCCUCUCUCUGGGACACGCCCGAUCACUGUGGUACAAGGGCACAACACCAGCCAAUCACAGCAGAGAACACAUCAUAGCCUUGGUCUCCUCCUACCAGAUUGCUUCCCCUAUGAUGUCCCGCUUCUAUCAUCUGAUUGAUGCUGAGAUCGACCAGCAGCUCACAGGCAGUGAGCUGCUGCUGUCUGCCCUCCUGCAGAACACAGUGCAGGGCUCCGGGGGCCCCGAUGGCCUGUCAGUCACCUCAGAGGGAGCCUACGACUUCUACCAGCAGCCCAACAUGAGCGAGGCCCGUCUGUGUCUCCCUGUCCUGCUGCAGCUGGGUGUGGCGGUGAAGCAGAGGCUGGAGGACUGGCCCGAGCACCCCGCUCUCGUACAGCUGUCGGUGGUGAUAGAGAGGAUCCAGACCUUCACUCUGGCCAGCCCAUUGGCCAAGUUCCUCAACGGUCUGGAGAUCCUGCUCAGUAAAGCUCAGGACUGGGAGAAUAACGCCAGCCGCUCAGUCUCUCUGCGUAAGGAACUAGAAGCAGUCACCCAGCUCAUCAUCCAGUGGCGCAAACUGGAGCUCAGUUUCUGGUCGAGCAGUCUGGACAACGCUUUGAAGCGGCACACUGAGAGAUCCACCAAACACUGGUUCUCCAUCUACCAGCUGGUAGAGAGGUACCUGGAGGAGCAGAAGCAGGAUGCUGAGAAAGGUGAGGAGGAGGUGGAGCGCCUCUCCCUGUCCUCGGUGUGCUCUACCCUCCAGGCCUUCAUGGAGGGCUCCACCCUGGGACAGUUCCACACCCGCCUGGACACGCUGCUCAGCUUCCACUGCCACCUACUGCUGCUGGACCCCCAGCAGCAGGGACAAGAGCCAUUGUCCAGUCUACUGUGGAACCUGCACAAAUACUACAGCCAGUUCUCUGACGGCAUCCAGACCAAGAUCACUUCACUCAGGCAGCCCAUCGAGAAGGAGCUCAAGGACUUUGUCAAGAUCUCCAAAUGGAACGAUGUCAGUUUCUGGUCCAUCAAGCAGUCAGUGGACAAGACGCAUCGGACUCUCUUCAAGUUUGUGAAGAAGUUCGAGGCGGCUCUGAGUGGGCCGAGUGCCCCCUCUCUGGUGGAGGAGGGGAGCAGCGCCAGCCUGGACUGUGUGGAUGCUAACCCAGAGGAGACCCCCCUCCAUCGGGUCCACAAGGCUCUGAAGAACACCCUGCCUGGGAAGGGCCGAGAUCUGCAGCUUGAGGGCCCAGAAGAAGGUGUGGAGGCCUCCUCUCUGCAGGGCCGCCUGCCGGCUCUGACUCGGAAGAUGAAGAAGCUGUGCGUCCAUCUGCAGAAGAAGAACCCGGCGCCGGAGCUGGCUGAAGACCUGGACUGCUUCACUGGUGAGGUGAUCAGCAACCUGCGGGACCUGCAGAACCUGACCGUGGACAUGACGGCAGAGAAGGAGAAGCAGAAGUCUGAAGUGAAGCACAUCCUGCAGCAGAAGCAGAGAGCUCUGUCUGAACUGUUCAAGAUGCUCGCAGGAAUAGGUCUGUCGUACCGUAAAGGCCUGCUGUGGAACCGGACCGCCGACCCAGAGAGGAACCUGUGUAUGCAGCCGCUGGAGAUGACCACCGCUCUGUCUGCUGUCAGGAACCAGGAGCAGGCUGAGAGCAUGUUGUUCACAGAGCUGCUGGCAGCCUGGGAUGGAUGUCAGAAGUACUUCUACCGCUCCUGGGCGAGGAGGAGCGCCAUGCUGACGGCUCUGCAAAACGCUGCCAAGGAGCUGGGUGUGGGGAACAUCGACCGCUGCAGAGGCUUCUCCUCUCACCUCUUCAAGCUGCUCCUCCAGCAGAGGCAGCGCCUGGCCGGGCUGACGGAGCAGUGGCUCCACCUCAGGAGGCUGACAGACAGUGUUCAGGGCCUUAAGGCCGACCUGCAGGGCCACAGUGAGGCCCCCGGCUGCACCCUGCCCCCCCAGGCCUCCCUCAGAGAGUGGGUGGGCCGGGGCCAGGCGCUGGCCGCUCAGUGCUCCACCCUCCUACAGCAGCUGGCCUGGCUGCUGCAGUGCUGCCCCGAGGACCUCCAGCAGAAGGAGGAGGGGGGGGGCGGUAGGCAGCUCACCCUGAGGUGCCCCUCCCCACUGGCCACUCAGCGCCAACCCCCCGGCUGUCUGCUGCGGAGAGGAGACCCCGCCUGGAGCCAGCUGAACCAGAGCAUGAACCUGAUGCUGAAGCAGACUCAGGCCCUGAAGGUGGAGCUGGACGGGGUCGCUCAGCAGACCUCUGAGAGACAGCUGCACUCACGGGAACACUUUCUCACAUGCUGCUCAGCCUUCGAUCAGCUUGCAGAGGUGGCGGCUCAGAUGCCCAGUGUGGAGCAGCUGUUCACCCCCACCCUGGGUGUGGGGGGUGCAGACAGCCAGCCCACCAUCACCCAGAGCCUGCAGUACGUCAGAGGACAGGUGGAGGCCAACAUCAGUGAGUUCACCACCUGGAAGACCCAGCUGCUGUCUCUGGGACCCCAGCCCUCAGAUCACCAGACGGCUUUCUGUACGGAGUUCUCUGCUGAGCUGGAGACUCACAUCAACACAGUGCUGUGUGCUGUCCAGGCGCUGGUGAAGAGGAGGGAGAGAGAGCAGCCUGGAGACGUGAAGACAGAGGGUGCUGAGGAGGAGGAGAAAGGGGAUGAAAAGCCCGUGGAGGACCUGCUGAAGCCGGGUCACCUGACUGUGCUGCUGGAGGGGGAGCUGGAGGCCGAGGUGGGGGCUCUGAGUCUGGGAGAGGUCAGCGCAGGGCUGGAGAGGCUGCUGGACCUCCUGAAGACCCACAGAGACUCCUGCCAGCCCCUGCAGCUCCAGGAGGUGGACAGAGCGGUCAGGAUGCUGGUGCAGCUGGAGCCGCUGCUGGGGGUGUACUCGGACACGGUGCGCUCCUACAUGGCUGUGUGUCUGGGGGCUCACAGGAGCACCGGCAAGCUGCUGUCAGUGCUGGCCAACAUCUUCAGCGAGCUCGCUCAGAAGGGUUUCUGCCUGCCUCAGGAGCUGAUGGCUGGUGGAGAUGGAGAAGGAGCCACGGAGUUCCACGAGAAUGAGGGCGGAGGAAUAGGAGAGGGAGAGGGCUCCAAAGACGUCAGCGACAAGAUCGAGAAUGAGGAUCAGGUGGAGGACACUCUGCAGGAGGGUCAGGAGAAGGAGGAGGAGCAGGAUAAAGGGAAUAUCAAGGCGGAGGACAACGCCAUCGAGAUGUCAGAUGACUUUGAUGGCCAGAUGCAUGAUGGGGAUGAGAAUGAAGCAGGUGAAGAUGAGGACUCGGGGAAAGAGGAGGACCAGGAUCUGGAUAAGAAGAUGGGUGACCUGGGGGAAGGACAGACAGACACUCUGGAUGAGAGGAUGUGGGGGGAUGAUGAUGAUGAUGAGGAGGAGGAGGAAGGAAGUGACAAGGAGGAAGAGUCCGGCCAGGGCAUGGAUGAGGGAGAAUCUGAGAUGGUUGCUAACGACGACAACUUGGAUGCUGCAGACCCCAACAAAGACAAGAAGAAGCAGGACAAAGAUGAGCAGAUGGACGUGGAGGAGAAAGAAAAGAUCAAUGAACAAGGAGAUGAGCGUGAGUUUGAUGAGAAUGAAGUGGACCCCUACCACGGUCAGCAGGACAAGAGGCCGGACCCCGAGGCCAUGGAUCUGCCUGAGGACCUGAACCUGGACCAGGAUGAAGAGGCUGGAGGCGAGGGAGAGGAGGGAGAGGGCGAGGGGGAGGAAGAGAAUCCGUUUGACAUUGAUGAGAAGUCAACGGCCCUGGAUGAGAAGGAGGAGGACGGACAGAAAGAGGGAGAGGAGGAAGGAGCUGAAAAGAUGGAGGAGGAGCAGACAGAGCUGCCAGGAGAGGAAAAGGGUCAGGAGCCCAAGACUGAAGAGGAGGAGCAGGAGGGGGGAGGAGGAGAGAAGGCUGAGGGAGACGAAGAGUCUGCUGAGAAAAAUGAAGAAGAAGAGGAGAAGGGGAAAGGAGAGGAGGCAGGAAGAGACGAAGAUCUGAGUGUUCCAAAUGACGAAGGACAAAAACCAAAGGAGGAGGAGGAAGGAGCAGGGGAGGAUGAGGAGCAGCCGGAGUCAGCGGAGAGGAAGGAGCACAACACGGAGGGUCAGACCGGAGAGCAGAACGUCCAGAGCGACACGGCCGUGGAGCUGGGGGGGGAGGCCUCCGAGAGAGAGCAGGCCAAAGAGGAGCACGGGACUGGUUCUGCUGAUGCCAGCCAAUCAGAGGGCCACCAGUCCAAGCUGACAGCCAGGAUGGCCUCACAGAAACAGACCCAGAACAAGACCCAGAGCUUCAAGAGGAAACCCGGUCAGGCGGACAACGAGCGCUCGACGGGCGACUACAACGAGCGAAUCAACAAGCGGCUGCGCACGGUGGAGAGCAGCAAGGAGCGCAGCGAGGAGAGGAAGCAGAGCGACGCCCAGCAGGAGUCAGACCUGUACGAGCACAUCCAGCAGGGGGAGAGCGCCUACGACACGCAGACAUAUGAUGUUGCCAGUGCAGACCAGCAGAAAGCAGCAGGCCCUCAUAAGGACCAGGACGAAGAUCAGAACGAUGAGGAUGUUGCCAUGGAAACAGAUAAGCAGGAAGAGGAUCUCCAGGCUGCUGAGGUCCAGGAGCUGAAGCCCGAGCAGCUGGACUCCACCAAGGCCUCCCAGAAAGGUGCAGACAGUGGGGAGAUGGAGGUGCAGAAGCAGGGAGAGGAGGAUGAUGAAGAGAGACAGAAGGACCGACAGAAACCCAGAGAAGAAGAGCGGGUAGACAGACGGACUGAAUCCACGAUUCACACGGUGCCCGAGCUGCUGAUGGACACCAUGCAGAAGGAAGAAAGGGACCCGGAGGAGAUGAGGAGGGAGAUGGAGCUGCAGCUGGAGGCCUGGCACCAGCUGGCUCCAGGCACUCAGGAGGAGGAGAGUGCAGCAGCCUCCAUGUGGCACCAGUACCAGACCCUGACCUCGGCUCUGUCCCAGCAGCUGUGUGAGCAGCUGCGCCUCAUCCUGGAGCCCACGAAGGCCGCCAAACUCAAGGGGGACUACCGCACAGGGAAGCGUCUGAACAUGAGGAAGGUGAUCCCCUACAUCGCCAGUCAGUUCCGGAAAGACAAGAUCUGGCUGCGGAGGACGAAGCCCAGCAAGAGGGAGUACCAGAUCUGCCUGGCCGUGGACGACUCCUCCAGCAUGGUGGACAACCACUCCAAACAGCUGGCGUUUGAAUCCCUGUCAGUGAUCACCAACGCUCUCACUCUGCUGGAGGCGGGACAGGUGUCUGUGUGCAGUUUUGGCGAGCAGGUGCAGCUGCUCCACCCGUUCCAGCAGCAGUUCAACGACCAGUCCGGAGCCCGCAUCCUGCGCCUCUGCCAGUUCCAGCAGAAGAAGACCCGGAUAGCACAGUUCUUGGACACCUCAACACAAAUGUUCCUAGCAGCACGACAGCAGGUUCCUGGGUCUGUAAGCUCAGAGACGGCCCAGCUGCUGGUGAUCGUGUCCGACGGCCGGGGGCUGUUCCUGGAGGGGAAGGAGCGGGUGAUGGCGGCGGUGCGGGCGGCUCGCAGCGCUAACGUGUUCAUCAUCUUCGUGGUGCUCGACAACCCCAACUCACGGGACUCCAUCCUGGACAUCAAGGUGCCCAUCUUCGGAGGGCCGGGCGAACUGCCGGAGAUCCGCUCCUACAUGGAGGAGUUCCCCUUCCCCUUCUACGUCAUCCUGCGAGACGUCAACGCUCUGCCGGAGACCCUCAGCGACGCGCUCAGACAGUGGUUCGAACUGGUCACCGCAGCCGAGCAGUAGACCAAUGAGAAGCCAUCUUUCACAGGACAGGAAGCAACUGCACAACAAAAAACGACUGACUCAAAAAAAAGACUGACGUGCCACUGUACAUGUGCCUUUAUUUUCUUAUUUUGACUGUAGAUCUGAGAAGAGUUUGAUAGCAACCUUUACUGUCGUGUCUUUGUGAUCAGGGCCAUUUCUUUGUAAUGUAAUGAGGAUUACUUUAACUUGCACGUCUGAGAUGAAAAUGUGAUUCCCGUUGGUGUGAAACACUUCAGUGAAGAGUCAGUAAAUACCGCCGUCUCCCUUGUACUAUGGACCUGGACUCGUGUCUGUGUGCAUGUUCUAGUCAGUGUUAUGAAGGUCAUCACAUCAUCAUCAUCAUCAUCAUCAUCAUCAUCUUCAGUGUGAACAGCAACAGAUGGAGAGCUGCUGAUUCCUAACUAUGUAGCAUGUUGGUCAGGAACUGCAUUCAAAGGAAAUGUGCCUUGUAGAGAGGAACGGUAUAGCGUCUGAAUCAGCUGUCGGGUGAUGGAUCAGAGGUGCAGCCCGGUCAGGAUUUGAAUAAAUGAAUCUGUCUACGCUUUGAAGCACCAGGACUGCAAUGAAUGCCCGCUUUAAAGACUCACAUCUGUUGAUCUUCCAUCCAUACUGUGACUCUUGAGGCUCAUCACUAGUAGGUGUUGAUGAAAUGUGCAUAGAAAUGUUUAUCACCUCUGUGCUUCGUACAUGGACUGACAUGUGAGGACACAUUGGUCGUCUUCAAUCACAUCUGUUCUACAAUGACAAUAAAGCGUUUACCAGGUUG